AAGAAGCUAACGAAGAAUUUGAAAGAUACCAAUCAAGAAUUAAAAGAAAGAAAGACAAAUUAAAUUCUAAUGAUAAAAUAGUUAUCUAUACAGAUGGUUCUCACAAAGACAAUCAAAAAGGAUUAUAUGCUGGUAUUGGAGUUUAUUAUGAAGAUGGAACUAAAAAAAUUACCGAACCUUUACCUGGAGAUUUACAAACUAAUAAUCAUGCAGAAUUGUAUGCAGUGAUUCGCGUGUUAGAAACAUGUGAAGAUCAACUUAAAGUAAUUGAGAUUAAAACAGAUAGUCGUUUUGUUGACGUUAAAAACAAAGAUUUGUUCGAGAAGAUCGAUUUUUUACUAACCAAAAGACCUGGGAAAGUGUAUUUUACACAUGUUUUCGCACAUAGAGGCGUAAUCGGAAAUGAGUUGGCAGACAAAUUAGCUAAACGUGAAGCUUCUAUUAAAAUAAACGAGAGUAAAAAAUUAUCUCCAUAUAAUGCAUUUAUGAAAACAAAUCUACCUAUUGUUAAAAAAACUAAACCAGAUUUAGAACAUAAAGAUGCAUUUAAAUUAGUUGCGUUUGUUAUAUCAAAGAAACAACUGAUGAAAAAUAAAGUUGGUUCUUCUCUGAAGAACGAAAAAAGUGCAGAGUAUCGUUCAGAGAUAAAAAUAAAGAGGAUACUCAAGAUUCAACUAACAAAGAUGUUGGUUGUUCUAAGUAAAAAAGAACAAUUUUGGUGGUUCAGAAGAGAGAAUGAAAACACAAAUUAUCGAAGACCGUUCAUGUUUACUGAUGACGAAGAACACAUAACUGAAUAUAUUCAAAUCAAGUUAAGUGAUAAGCAAAAUGCUCUUCUUGAUAAAGAACGUCGAGACUUUUUGAAGCAACAUAAGUUUAUUCUUGAUAAGGCUAGUAAUAUCAUCAAAGAAACCACUAAAGAAUAUUUACUCGAAUUACUUUAUGAAGUUAAAUUAGCAAAUAUUAAAUUUAAGAAUGGUUAUUCAUUUGAUUUACGCAUUUGUAAUAUUGAAAUUGCUUAA